UCGGAGUCUAGGACAUCUGGAGGCAGCCUAAACACAGCUCCCAAGACAUUUCUUACGGCCACGCAGUCAACUUCGGGCAUCAAAAGCUCCUCCCCCUCGGCAACUCAGGCUUACGAGUUGCGAUCCACGGCCAUUGCCAGCAUUUUCAAGACAACUACCAGAGUUUACUGUCUGCCGAAUCAAAUCCGUGAUGGGCUUCGCUUCUAAGAUGGCGGCGGCGGCAGCUGCUGGAGCAGUCGUCCAGGGCGUGGGAUCGCAGUCAUCGGGAGCUCCUCCUCCUGGUGGCCAGCAGGGAUACCCUCCCUACCCACCAGGCGGCGCCGGCGGCAAUCAGCAGCAAUCUUACCCCCCGCCAGCUGGCAGCUUCCAGGCUUACAGGCCCCAGGGCGCCCCGCCGGGAGCAGCGGGAGGCGUUGCAGGAGGUAUGCAGGCCGAUGAGAACCUCUUCCGCCAGAGCUUGGAGCAGUGCAUCCGGGAGAAGAACCUCCAGAACAUGCCCGCCUUCCGCGACCCCUCGUACAUCACCAACGUCGCCCGUGUCGCUGGGCCAAAGGUCGAGUCGCUGUGCCGGUCGUGGCAGAUCCCGCUCGAGGUCGGCAAGGACAUAGUACGUCUCGCCCUAUUCGACAUUGUUAUCUACGUCGAUGACAGCGGUUCUAUGCUGCCCAAGGGCGGCAAGCGUGUCAGGGAUAUGAUGCGUGUCCUCAGCAGGGCUGCUGCGGCCGCCACCUUGUUCGACCCCGACGGAGUCACUGUCCGUUUCAUCAACAGCAACGCUCAGGGUGACAACAUCCGCAACGAGGCCGACGUCAACAGGCUUAUCGAGUCUGUCGAUUUUAGGGGCCGUACACCCAUUGGCACCGAGCUCCGCCGCAAGAUCCUGGAGCCGCUUGUGCUGUCGCGCGCGAGGCAGGGCCAGAUGCAGGUUCCCGUGCUCAUCAUCACCAUCACCGACGGCGAGCCUGCCGGAGAAGACGACGACACCAUCUUCCGAUCCAUCAAGGCCGCGGCUGACGAGCUUUCUCGCACCCCGCUGGGUGCUGGCGCCAUCGCCUACCAGUUCACACAGGUCGGUGAGGAUGAAGAGGCGCGUCGCUUCCUCAACCGCCUCGAUACUCACCCCCAGGUCGGACACCUCGUCGAUGUCACCGCGUCCCUCGAGAUCGAACAGGAGGAGAUGAGCCGCAUCAACCCUUCGCAGGCGCUCACCGCCGACUUCUGGACCCUGAAGCUUCUCCUCGGAUCAAUCGACGCAUCCUGGGACGAGGCCGACGAGAAGCCCGGCCAGCGCCAGGGAGGAGUGCCGCCGCCCUCACAAGGUGGUGCCUACCCGCCCCAAGGUGGCCCUCAGGGUUCAUACGGAGGGGGCUACAACCAAGGAUACGCGCCACCUGCGGCUGGAGGAUACGGGCAGCCUGGAGGGUAUGGUCAGCCGCCAGCGGGCUACCAAGGAGGCGGUGGUGGGUACCAGGGGAGUGUGCCCCAGUACCCCGGUGGACCACCAGCUCCCGGUCAAGGAGGCCCGGGUGCUGGGGGUGCUUAUGGAUCGGCGUAUCCCGGCCAGCCGAAAUGGUCAUGAUAUCAGCUUUGACGGCGCAGCGAGGUAGCGCUGGGCGAAUUUGACCGCUUCAUCUUGAGGAGUAAUCGUCAGUUGUCUCGCUCGACCACUGGCUAGCCCAAUUCCUACAUCCCCUCCAGUAGUAAUUUUGGUAGUAUCUUUGAUAGUAAGCUCUUUUUUGGUGGCAGUCGAUGAAUGACGAUCUUCCGAACAUUAUCUGGCAAGAUGUUUUCUCUAUGAGUUACGAGCCGUGUUGUAGUGACAUACAUGCGUUUGGCUGAUUAUCGAAAGCUCCGAGUCGACUGGUGGUCAGGAUAAUGUCUAAAGCUGUGGGUAUCAUGGGCACUUUUCGAACAGUGAGCCGAUAGUUUUGAUUUAAAAUGACUGUGACUUGCUAUCCACCGGCACAACAUCG